AUGGGUAUCUGCCACCAAUGCAAGGAACAGACGACAAUAUACUGCAUCGACCACGACAAACAUAUUUGCUUGAAGUGCUUGGCAAAUAGCCACCCAACUUGCACUAUUUGCCAAUACAAUGAAUAUGUCGAGGGCAGUGCAAAAAAAGAUCCGAACUGUCAAAUCUGCGAGGAAGAGAUAUUUGAGGGGGACAGAACUGCCAGACUUCCAUGUCUUCACAAAGUCCACUUCGACUGCUUCAAACACGACAUAGAAGCCGCUGAACCAACUGAAGACCUCGUUUUUUCAAGUAAAGUUGUGUGUCCUGUUUGCAAGAAAGAUGUCUUUGACGACAAUAACAUAGGAAAUCCACUCUUUGUCAAGUUACUUGAAAUUUUCACUGAAAACAAAUUUGUGGAGAAGUUCAAAGAGGCAAAAAAUCUCGUCACAGAAAGUUCCAAAGUGGUUAAGAGUGAAAACAUGGGGGAUAAAGAACAAGUCGAAAAAAAUGAAGCUGAAGAAAAAAAUGAGACUACUAAAGUCUCGUUGACAACGGGAGAGGCUGAGGAAGUCGUUGAAACAAAAGAGUCGAGCAAGAACAUAGCGAAGGACAAUGAAGUUGGAAUUGCGAUGGAUGAGGAAAGCACAAAUUUGGAGAUUGACGUUGAAGAUGACGACACAAAGAAGACACAAAUCAAAAAGGAUUUCGAUGGAAAUUUGGUGCUCAACGCAACGAAAGUCCUAAUUGUUGUGCUUGUCGUUGCUUUCAUAUUUGUUAUCAACAUGCUCAACAACCAAAGAAAGUUGGGUCUUGCAGAGAAUAAAGUCAACUGA